AUGGUUCUCGAUAUAUAAUGAAAAAUUUGAAGAAUAAGUUAUAUCUUGCGGCCAGAAGAAACACUUGAGUAGCUACUGCGCCUGGAAUCAUGCAUACCUCUGUGAUUUCACUCCUGUGUUUCGGGCUGGUCCUUGAAUCUUGCCUGGCCGGAGAUCAUGGACAGUUCUUACGAGAUUUACAGAAGAAGCUACGAGAUGAGCUUGCGAUUGGAGAUUUCGACGAUUUCAUCGAUGAGCUUCAAAAGGCUGAAUCCUGCAAUUCUGCGAAUAACUCUUCUACCUGUUGUGUUAAAUUUCGUUUGUCACAGGACAUGAAUGUUUGUGGAAUCGCAUCAUUCGAGGAGGAUACGUGUGUUAACUUUAGAGUCACACUAAACGGGAAUGUUAUAAUGGCAGACAAGAUAAAAGGCGCUGAUCCUCCCCCGAUUUGCAAGGGUUUCCAGCAGGGUUACAAUGCAUGCGUCCUCUUUGAGAAAGUUACCGUUGAUUUGAAAGGUCACACAUUUUCCGGAUGUGCAAGUAUACAACUCAAGAAGGAGUCAAAGUUCGUAAAACGGUUCCAACUCGGGUGCUUUGAACUAUCUCCGAAAUGGAAAUACCGCUUAUUGGAAAACAAAAGCAUCGGAACAUCCUAGUGAGGAAACUGAACAUACGAUUACCAAUUCUAAAUACCCAAUACUGAAAGACCAGAACCAAACUUUUUCGUUUGUUUGAUUUAAAAAAAUAUGUAUAUCUUUCAUGUUAAAUGGCACAUCAAACUCUGGUUUACCUGAUCAAUAAAUAAAACUACAUAAUGAUA